CAACGUCACGACCACCACGCCAACAACAACAACCGCCGUCGCCACGAUCAGCCAAAGCCCUCAACCACCACCACCACAAAACCCAUCAUCAUCAACAACAACAACAACCACCACCAAACCCAUCCACGCCAUCGCCACCCACCCACCGGGCCAGCCAGCCAGCCAGCCAUACCACCACCACAACCAUCCACAUCACCACCGCCAGCCAAAUUAAAACCCACGGGGGUCCUCCAUGGGCGGCGAGAAUUCGCGCCUGUGGAGGAGCAGUUCGCGGGGCCCCAAGAGGCGCUCCGACGGCGGUGUGGACGCGGCCCCCCCGAACGGCACUCGCAAGACGCAGCGAUGCAGCCCCGGGGGCCGAGGCUGCUCGGGCUGCUCGACGUGCCGGGCCGAGGCGGCGCAGAGCCCCGGGAGGAGCGUGGCCCAGGCCGGGGUCCGAUGCUCGGCUAGGCCGCGUUUGGUGCUCACGAGGCGAAGCUCGAUGUACUUUGAUGAGGAUGGAGACCUGGCACAUGAGUUUUACGAGGAGAAGUUGGUGAACAGCAAUGGGAAGCGCAGAGCAAAGUUGCUCCGGCUGUGCCAAAAUCUCAUUCCGCAGGGCAUGGUGCGGCUGGAAUCACCCACGCAUCCAUGUGGACUUCCCAGUGGUGAUUUGUGACGCCCGCCCCGAUUGUAACCAAAGAGGAGACUAAAGGACGUGGCAUUACAACACAAGCCAUUCAUCUGAGGGCCACCAUGCCUGGGAUUCAGUUAACAUGACAUUUUAGGAUAUUCUAUUUACAAAACGUCUAACUUUAGAUUAAUUUUCCAGUCAUAACUAUUAUCACAACUAAACAAAGACACUCUGUGCGGUCAAGAGCAUGGAUAAGUGGUCUUCAAUAGUUUGUUGCAAGGCACGUAUAAUCUUACUGGAAAUUGCAAUGUGUCACUUUCAUAAUAGUCACAUAGCAAAUGUUUUCACAACUUUAAGGGAGCAUGCCAAUGCGUCCUUUUAACUGAAACCUACGGCUGUGGAGUGGCUUUUGCAUCACUUCCCACGUGAUGCAGCCACCUUGAUGCCCUGCCGCCAUACAUCAGAACGUGCAGGCCAUUUCAUCAUCGCGGAGCGAGUAAAAGGAAGUGAGUCCCAGCCACUUGGUGACACAUAUAGCCUACCCUUUGUAACCCUUUCAGAAAUUGAGAGAGAUCUACUCCAAGCAAACGCAGAUGAACCAGAGAGUAGACACAACUUGCAGGUGUGAAGGCGGACUAGUGUGCAUAUAUAUAUCUGCCAAACGCGAAGUUGGCUACAUUCGGUGCGAAAGAAGUUCAACAUACAGACUUAUGGCAGGGGGUAAAGGUACUGGCCGCACCCACCUGAAUUCUGGCAGUCAUCUACUCCAGGGUGGUACUCGUGCAGAUUCCCUAGAUGGAUUACAGGGCCAUUGGUGUUACUGUAUCGUCUUGCUUGACUUUGCGUGUACAGGUGGUAGAAAACAUGCAUUCAAAAAUGCAUUCUGUGGUGAAGCAUAGUCGUGGUAUAUGUUAUGGAAAUGCUAUGAAAGAUUGCCCUUGCUCUCAUGUGAUCAGUGCAGAAUAGUUAAUGCAUUCGAUUAUGAUGGUCAUGGCGAGCGUUGAUGAUGCACUAUUUAGUGUUCCCGCCACUCGAAUGUGAACGCCUGUGAUGUCGGUGUGACAUACAGGUGUUGUGCAGGCAGAGGGCGCUGUUGUACAAUUGUUUCAGUUUAUAACAUCGCAAGGUUAAUAAUAAUAAUAGUACAAUUUGUAACGCGCGCAAAUUUGCAGACGUAGUGGCCGCAACUCAAAUGCAUAUACGUAGUAAGUGUUGUUGAGCAGUGAAAAUUGUGUCCACUCUGCAAUAUGGUGUACAGUUUGUUAUACUUUAAGCAGAGCAUAAGAGUGAAGGGAGAUACAUGGCACUAGGGAGAUAUGUUAAAUGGUUUAGCAGGUCGGUUAGCUUCGUGUUCGAUAACACCACUUAGGCAAUGCACAAGACGUCAACAAAUUGUUUAAUUUCCCUUUGCCCUGGCGUUAAUAUCAGUGGAAUAUUAUCAAAUUAUGCCGCUGUCUUUGCAUUACACGUGAAAGAUCUUGACAUUCACAAUAUGAAUACGGGUAUUGUAACUAGAAAUCCCAAUUAUUCUUAAUUGCUUGAAACUAAAUUCAAAGCAGUUAAUAUGUUUUUCUAAGUCAAUCCUAUAUACCCAUGCCCCCUUUGACAGGGAUAUAGAGCGGACAGAAACCUUGAGUGAAAAACAUUUAUUUAUUGUAGGUUUGGAAGUUGCACUUACUUUAGACAUUGUCUAAAUUAUUUAUUUUCUCCGAUAACUCGAAGUGUGGCAUUCGGCCACUUUAAUGUGGCCUACGUUAAAGUGAGCUGUCUAUUCCUGAACUAAGUGAUGUUACCAGCUAUUGGCAAAGCUUCAUGUUUGAAAGUUUAUGGGAAGGACUGUUUUCAAGCAAAGUCCCCCUGUUGUAUGAAUCCAACACAAUUUGUUUUGGAACCACAUGCAACGAAUUAACUUUGCUUUAAAAAAAUCCAACAUGUGUCAACAAUGUUGAGAUAUCUGGUUUUUUUACUAUUGCUACUGGAUUAAAGGGAGUCACUCUGUGUUUUUGUAUCUGUGAAAAGCUUUUCCGCCUUGCAAAAUGUAACACUUGCAGACGGUGGGCCACUGUGAGCCUUGAUCGCUCGCAGUUUGAUUGCUACAGCUCCGGCGUCGUGAAUAUCUUAAGUAAUUAGUCCAUAUUUUCGUAAUUUUAGUUUUGUCACUUAUGAACGGCAAGACUGCGAUAUUGAGUCGAGCAGGUAAAAUGACCAAUGCCAAUAACCAAUUGAUCCGGAAAUGCACCCCAUCUUGUGGCAUCUCAGCAGUGAAGGAGGGUUGAACCUGGAUUGUGCUGGAAUAGGAGACACCCAUGCACAACAACAAAUUUCACUGGCCGUGAGGCUACAUUGUGGGCAGCAGAAUAUUUCAACAAAAUCAAUUGUUCUACCGUACUUCUAUGCUCCCACUUUUGUGCUCCUCGCCUUCGCCAACCCCCAAUGACGAACGUGCUGAAGUAUGGUCAUAUAACCCCUACGACCCACACGAUCAAUCCGGGAGUCGAUUGCCACAAUGGGCUGACACAAACCGACCAAUAUUUCAACUGGAUUCCAUUGGUGUCGAAGUAAAAAAUAAUACCAUUCUGCUGAGGUGUGGACUCGAGUCAUGUGACUUGGACUCGAGUCAGACUCGAGUCAUGAAUUUGAUGACUUCAGACUCGACUUGGACUUGCAUAACAAUGACUUUGUCCCACCUCUGAGGUGUGGACUCGAGUCAUGUGACUUGGACUCGAGUCAGACUCGAGUCAUGAAUUUGAUGACUUCAGACUCGACUUGGACUUGCAUAACAAUGACUUUGUCCCACCUCUG